AUGCGAACCGCCAGCCGAGCGCAAGGUGCUGUACGACCACCCAGCAGCCCCUCGCAUCCAUCAUCCCCACCAGCUGGCUUGGUGUUGGCAGGGUUUUCGCGGGCCCAGCAAUCGGCACCCGCCACUGGUGGAGUACGCCGCAUGCGUUGGACAACCCAGAUGAACAGCAACGCAUUGCGGGCGUAUUUUAGUGCGAAAGGGGGAGAAACUGGAGGUUUUGCGUAUCGGGCAAGGAUGCAUCGACUUUUUUCUGAGCUGGAGCCAUCUGUAACCGUCACCGAGCAAAACCUGGCAGACCGAGUUCGGUAUAUCUUGCGCUCAAAUACAUUUGAUGUCAUCGAACUCGAACGGCUACGACGUGAGGCUGUUCCAUCAUCGGGUGAAAAUGCUGCGGCUGAGGAUGCGGCGUCACAACUUGCUGAGCAAACGGCAAAUGUGAAUGCCGCCGUAAAUACGCCAGUUGUGGUUGAUUCAAACAAUGAUGGAACAGUCGCCCAGGAACUGGAACUAGAGCAAAUGAGGAGUACAUUGGAAGAGGCGAUGCCAGGCUCUACUGGGACCGGGCCAUCAUCACAGACAAGACUAUUCUUGCGAAUAAGCCUGAUAUUGUGCUGA